UGGAAGACUGAAUCUAGAGAAAGUGAAAAAAUUGAAACUCUUACAGCUGGUAAUAUUAGGGUUUCCAGAGAUCCUAGAAUAUCUAUUUUACAUGAAGAAGGGCAUGAUACAUGGAUAUUGAGGAUAAAUCCUGCUAAGCUGUCAGAUUCAGGUCGUUAUAUUUGUGAAGUUAAUACAUCUCCACCUCUGCAACUUAAUAAAGCAGUACAAGUUAUCAAAAUGCCAAUUAAGCAAACAGCAAAACAUAAUUAUACAGACUGUUGUAGAAAGAAUAAUGUUCCUAGACAGUGUCUCUUCUUCUGCAGUUUUGAUAAUACUCUUGCAGAGAGUGAAGAUACUCCAGAUGCACCUUGGCAAUGCUCAGAACAUUUAAGUCCUAUUACUAAAUGCUUAACAGAUGGUCGAGAUCAUAUGCCUUGUUGUGUGAGACAGAACAUUCCAGAGAUUUGUCGUUCUGUAUGCAGGGGAGAUUAUCAACAAUUGACUGUACUUCAGCAUUAUUCAUGUUCAAAAUAUGCUUUACCUACAUUAGCAUGCAUAUCUGAAGGAUUAGAGUUAUUACCAGGUCCACCCAAAUUCUUAACAGUAGAACCAUUAUCAUCAACAAAAUUAAAAUUAAAAUGGCUACCUCCUCAUCAAACAACUAAAGUGAGUCAUUAUAAAAUUAACAUAACUCAGUUACAUGAAUUUGAUGAAGAUGGAAAAUUAAAGGAAGAUAAUAAUAGAGAAAGUAAAGAAUUAUCUAUUGAUAAACAAGAUCCUAUAAUUACUGUUACUGUAAAUGGAACUCUUAGAGAUUAUACUGUUGAGAAUUUACAUCCAUUAACUAUGUAUGAAAUUGCUGCAAUAGCUCAGAAUGAACAUGGAUCUAGUUUACCAACAUAUGCUCUUCGAACUCUUACAUUGUCAUCAAGUUCAGAUAUUGAUCAUGAUAAACCAAUUGAGAAGCCAAAUGUCACAAUACCAGAUGUACGUGGAUGUUGUGAACGUAAAGGUGUUCAAUUAGGAAGAUGUCUGAGAAUUCUUUGUGAUCCUUCAAGAGCUGAUGAAACAAGGAUGACAGAUAUAAUGAUUUGUGCUCCUUGGGCAAAUGUAACUUUUGAAUGUAUGGCAGGUGGAUUUGAUCAUUCAGAUUGUUGCAGACUUAGAGGUGUUCCUGAUAUUUGUUUAGAUUUCUGCAGAGGAACUGUUACACGUGUUGAUUAUCGUCAUUUUGUCUGUCUUGAAUACAUGGCACAUUAUGGAAGCUGUCUUUUAGAACAUUAUGGGCUUAUAACAGGUCCUCCACAAGACUUUUUAUUAACUACUGCUCAUACUCAUUGGGCUGUUUUACAAUGGAAUCCACCAAACAUUCUUGGUAAUACUGUGGAAAGAUAUGUUUUACAUUGGAGAAAUGUCAGUAAUAUUGAAGAUGUUGAAUAUAAUAUUAUUCCUAAUGUUCAUUCUCCAUACCUUUUGGAUGGGCUGAGUCCAGGAGUGAGAUAUGAAGCAUAUGUAAUUGCAGAAAAUUCUUUUGGAGCAAGUCAAGGAUCAUCCAGAGUUGUUUUUUCUACAAUUGCUUUACCUGAUGCUCCACAAUCAGCUGAAGUAAGAAAUGAAACUGGUUACAAUGAAACAGCCUGCUGUGUUUCUGCAGGAUUGAGGGACCAUUGUAUUCCUUUAUGUUCCUAUGAGAUGAAGAUGACUGAUUUGGAAUUAUUAGCUCCAUUGUGUGUUGAAGAUCUUCAUACAUUAUUAAGAUGUGGUGCUGGAGGUAGAGACCAUACCCCAUGUUGCAUGCGUCGUCAAGUUCCUGACAACUGUCUUCCUUUCUGUGCUGGAACUAUGAGUGAUGAAUUAUAUUUAACUGCUUUCACUUGUGAUAGUCAUAUUGCAGACAUAAUUCAGUGUAUGGCUGAUGGAACAGAAGUUCUUCCUCAAGCUCCUCAAGAGUUUCAAGCAGUGACAAUAACACCACAAUCUAUUCAGAUUCAAUGGAAUCCACCUGAUAAUGGAAAAUUUACAAAUUUUCAAGUUUAUUAUGAAAAGGUUACCGAUAAAAAAAUACUUCAUCCAACAAAUUAUACAAAUGUUGUUAAUGUUACUUCAACAAGUACAAUUCUUAAUAAUUUAGAAUCAGAUACUCAAUACAAUAUGUAUGUUGUUGCUUUAAAUGAACAUGGAACUUCUUUGCCUUCACUCAUAUUAUCCAUACAUACUCCAGUUAGUGGAACAAAAGAUACAGUUGUUAAAGGUACUUUGAGUCCUCCUCAUACAGUUGAUAUUCCAUAUCAAACAGUUGAUUCAAUCACUGUAACUUGGAAACCACCUUAUCAUGUACCCCCUGAUGCUUAUCUUAAUUAUAUUGUUUAUUAUCACCCAGCUAAUGGUAGUUUUGAUCUUGUUCAUGAUGGACUAACUUUUGCUACCACAUUCAAUUCAGUAAUUUUAAGAAAUCUUAGUGUAAAUACAGAAUAUGCUAUUGCUGUAAGAGCUCGAAGUGGUCAGGGAGAAAGUGAUCUUUCAGAGACUGUUAUGGUUUGGACAGAUCCUGCUGUUCCUGCUUUGGUUCAUGCACCUGUUAUAAUACCUGCUGGACAAAUCUUAGAAGGAUUAAAUGUUACAAUUCUUUGUAUAGGUGUUGGUAUUCCUGUACCAACUACUUCUGUCUUUGUCAAUGGAAAAUUAAUGAAAAAAGAAAAGCAGAGACAUGUUGCUUACACUCUUGUACGUAUACAACGAAAUAUUACUAAUGUUGGUUGUUAUGCAGACAAUGGUUAUGGCUAUGGAGCUCAGAGUUCACAAGAUAUCAGAGUUGGAUUUAAACCAACUGUAGAGACCAUUACAAAAGCAGUGACUAGCACAGAAGGGGGACGUGUCCGCCUUCAAUGCAUUGUUCAUGGUCAUCCAGAACCAAGACUUACAUGGUUUAGAGACUAUGAAAAACAAACAGUUCUUAGAAGUAAUUCAAAGUAUGAUACCAGUUACAGUCGUCAGAGUGAGAAUCCUUCUUCAUAUAUUGCAAGUUUAUUACUGAAAAAUGUAACAAAAUCUGAUGCUGGAGAUUAUUUCUGUAAAGCAGAAAAUAGAUUUGGAAGUUCAAUAUUAGGAUUAACAUUGACAUUAAAAAAAAGAGAAGCAUUAAAUGUUUCAGCUUGUUGCAUUGAAAAAGGAGUUAGUGAACAAUGUUUAGCAGCUUGUGCAUUUGAUAUAGAUAUACAAUAUGCCUUAUCUAGACCACACUGCAUAUCAGAAAUUGACAAAUUAAUGAUGUGUGCAUCAGAUGGACGGGAUCAUCAGCAAUGCUGCAGGCAACACAAAGUUCCAAGAUAUUGUAUGAGAUGGUGUAAAGGGUUUCCUGUUAUUCAUGCUGAUUUGUGUAUAUAUAGAGCAGCAAGUGAAAUAAUAUCUUGCUUUGAAGAAGGAAAAAAUGUUCUUCCAGGAUUACCUGAAAAUGUAUUAAUUAAACGGUUAUCAGAAAUAAGUAUAGAAUUAAAAUGGGAACCACCUACAAAAAAUGCACAAUUUGUUCAAUGGUAUAGAAUAUUUUGGAGGCCAGUUGGCACAAAAGAAUUGUUUAGAAAUCAAACACGAGAAACUUCAUUUCGAAUCAGUGACUUAAAACCAGGAAAUACAUAUGAAAUAUUUGUUAAAGCUGGAAAUCAUUAUGGUCAAAGUCAGCCAACAAAUCCUAAAGUUAUAACAAUGUCUUUAAAUGAAAGUGACUCAACAUCAGCCAUUAAAGUUGCUGUUGGAAUAAUUGUUACUGUUUUAAUAUUGGUUCUUAUUGGAAUUCUUAUAAUUUAUUUCAAGUUUAAAUAUCAACCAAAUAUAGAGAAAGGUGUUUCAUUUGAGAAUCCUACUUAUAUGAAAGAAAACAUCUCUCUACAGAAUACUGGAGAAGAUAGGAAUACAACUAUUGAAAAUUCUAGUGAACAGAUUCAAAAGAAACAAGAAAAUCAAAGAGCUGUGGCAAACAUCUAUGAAGAACCGAAAUCAUGCAAUGGUCAAUAAAAUAAGUCUUUCAUUUUAAAGAUAUAUCAGAAUUUAACAAUAUGUACAGAGUUGUGAUAUUUUUCAUUCUUCAGGAAUUAAGUAAAAUACAGCAAUGUUGCCAAUGUUGUGGGUUGUGCAAAUCUGAGAGCUAUUUCCUUCUAAAAGUCAAUAUUAUGUAUGUACAAACAUUCCAUUAUGAUGUUUUAUAUAAUUUAUUCAUCUGUGAUGAAUAAAAUGUACAAUAUUAGUGAACAAUGUAGAUAAAUUUUAUCAUUAAUUGGAUCUAAUUUAAUUGUACUUGGAUAAACUAGAAUUUUUAAUCUAGAAAGUAACUAAAUAUAAUUUAAUCCUUACUUUAGUUUUUGGAUUGAUAGUAUUCUCAUUUUAUUAUCAAAACGCUUAGUAUUAAUGCUGUUGGUUUUCUGUUUAUAAUUAAGAAAAAAUUAUGAUUCAAUUAUUAAUAUUUGAACAUUUCCAUAAAAUAGAUGUUAACAAUAAUUACUUUAUGAUAUAUUCCCAAGACUAAAAUAUUUAAUAGAGUAUUUUUAAGGUGGAUAAAUGUCCAUGAUUAAAAUACUAAAAUUCAUUUCCUAAUUUAUGAUAACACAAUUUUUAAAAAAAAUUGUUACAUUCCAUAUAUUCCUGGACCAAAAUUUCUAUAAAUAAGUAGCAUAAAGAAUAACAACUAUAUCCCUUUGUUAGCAAGCUUCACAUUCAUUAUAUAUUUUUUAAAGCUAGAUAAAUAGCUACAGCCAUCUACUAAAACUUGUUGCGAAGUUAAUGGAUUAUGAAUAUAUAAAACUAACUUAUGACAGAUAGAAAUGUAUUUUAGCAAAACAAAUCCAAAACAUGGAAUAGAUUCAACACAAAAUUUAUGAUUGAACAAAAUAAAGUGAAGACUAGCUUUAAAACAUAAAAAUACAUUUAUUUAUAAUUAAAUUUAUUAUUAAGAUAGUUUGUUUUCAAAAAAUGUUUUAUUGAAAUUCUUAUUUAAGUCUCUAUGAAGAAGGGAUUAAAUUAACUCCAAAAACUUCUAAAUAACUAUUCUUUUAUAUUUUUCUCAUUUAAAACAAAUUGUGUGUAAGAACAAAUUUAAAUAAUAAUAUAGAAAAAUAGAUGCUGAAUCAGAUAUCUGAAAAGAAAUUUAAAAUAUUUGAUUUCUUGUAAAAAUGAUAUGGUAAGAUACAGCUAUUCAACUUAUUUACAAAUAGUUGAAAAGAAAAUGUUAAAUCCUUUAAUACAAAUUAAUCCAUAUAUACGAAUUAGAAGAAAGAACAAAAGAUACAAGUCUAGUAUAUGAAAUACAUAAUAUGUAACAACUAUGUUCUAAAUUGCAUAUCAAUAUCACUUCUAAGAAUACAGAAAGAAAGAAAUCAUCCAUGCAUAUCAUUUUCGAAGGUAAAUAUACUUAUUAAAAUUUUAAAAAAUCAUUUUUAAUAAGUUAUAUUCAUUUUUAAACUAUAACAUUUGCAAAAUUGAUAAACUUUCUGUGAUAAUUAUGAGAACUUUUCUUAACGUUUAACAAUUAGGAUGAGAUAUAAUGAUUGAACAUUUACUUCUAUAGGAAACAAAAUAAACAGUAGUAGAAAAAAACUCAAUAGAUUUUUUUAAUAUCAAAAAAAGAAUGCACUACUAAAAUGAUUUGCUCAAUAAGAAAAACUGAAUUAAGGAUUUCUAGAUUGUGAGAAGACUGAAAUUUUUAUUUUUUAAUAAAUUUGACUCAAAGACCAACCUUGUCCUGUUUCAAGUCUCUUUCGACUUGAAAUGGGAUCCAGAUAACUUAUCAUAAUAAUAAGACUUUAAGAGAUAUUUUCUAAUUAUUAUGAUUAGAAAAUGUCUUUCUAGCUAUAAUAUUUAAAUAAUCUUUCCUUAAAUUAGUAGUUGAAAAAGAAGUAAGAAAAUUCUAGAAUAGUGUCAAAAAUAGAUACUUGAAUUUUCAUAUGAUUUGGUUCAAAACAUAUUUUUAAUCAUUUUUACAAAAACUGAAUAGCAUAUAAAAAUUGUUCUUGAAGCAAUCUGUAAUAAGCAAGCUUUUAUGCUACUUUAUGUAUUCAACAUUUGACAUUAAUUACAUGAUCCUACAGCAAAAUAGGAGACUAUUAAUGUAAAGAACUUGUGAGUUCAAUUUUGAUCAAAGUCUUUGUCAUUUUUCUUAGACAAUUUGGGUUGAGAUUUUGUUAUUUCUUACAGAAAUGGGAAAUAUGAAAAUAGCCUUAAUUUAAAUUAUCUACAGGAUCAGUUGACUUCAAUUCAGGCCAGACUUGCUAAUGAUAGACAAAAUUGCAGCAUGCUAUAAAAAUCAUGACAUCUGGUAUUGAGAAAAUCUCAUUCACAAGAUCAAUAAAUCAUAAUCCAGAGAAAACAAAUUUCAAUGAAGUCAUGUAAGAACAAAACCAUAAUCAUUUCUUUAAACAUGUCAUAAGCUUAGAGUAUUCUUAUUCCUAGUCUGUAUAAGUUAAAUUUUUUUAAAAGCUGCAUGCACCUCUAACAGAUGAGCUGCCUCAGGGUAGUUUUCUUAAGCCACUUAGUAUAAUUAGUACUGCCUCACUGUUAGAAUAUCAUUUGUGAAAAUAUCAGCCUAAUCUCUGAUUUUAAACUCAACAAACAGUUAUAACUAAAAGUAAUCAAGAAGAAAUUCAUAAAAAUUAUUUUUUUCUUUUAAAAUUUUAACGUUCUGCCUUUUUUUUAAAACUUUAUGCUCAGGCAAUGCCUGAGUGCUAAGGAUGUCCUCCAUAUCUGGUCACUCCAAUAUCAAGUUAAACAUACAUGCUAAAAUGAAAUAAACUGUAAUCUUCAGAAUUUCCCUACAAAUCUUACCUGUAGAUGUGAUUUGUAAGGACAAGAUAAAGAAUACUGUCAUCUAUGAAACAAUGCUUUUUCUAUUUCAGGCUACACAAGGUAAAAUAAUGAAUUGGUCAAUUCAUAAAAAUAAGCUUUUUUCAACUUGCUGAAUAAAUAAUUUUUAAAAAAAUGAACUU